ACUUGGUCAAUGGGGCAGGGCAGCAGCAGUCAGGCGGUCUCAUUGGUUGGUCCUAAAGUGCUUCUGCUAGCAGCCUGUAGUACCGCUCCGAGUACUUGUAUGUUGGCAUACUGUUCUGUGUUUCUUUCUGGCGGUUAACUGGACUUCAGUUUGUCGUCACUGGUGCGAUGGAACUGGAUAAAAUGGACGAGAACGACUGGAAAUACCACGGAGAGGGAAACAAGAGCCUGGUGGUCUCUCACAUUCAGCUAUCCAGAGUUUUGCGUCUGCUCAAGUAUCCCGCAGAGGAUUCUGAAAACCCACCACAGACGGUGGAGCAGGCCUUCAGGCAGAUCCAGAACAUUGUUGACUUCAGCUCCAACGUGAUGAGCAGCCUGCUGGGAGAGAAGUUCGUCCACAGUGGGGAAGUGGUCAAACUACCACUAGAGUUUGUGCGACAGCUGUCAAUCAAAGUUCAACAUCAAAGACCAGCCUGGCGCUGUGAUAAGGUGAUGGACAUCUACAGCGGCUGUGCUCUCUGUCUGCCCAACCUGACAUCUCCACUUCUUUACCAGCCAACACACACUCCUCCACUCUGCAUUGAGAUCAAGCCUAAAUGUGGCUUCCUGCCAUCCUCCAAACAUGUCAGUAAAGACAUCAAGACCAAAGUGUGCCGCUUCUGCAUGCACCAACAUUUUAAGGUGGCCAAUGGGAAGUGGAAAAGACGCAGUCUGUACUGUCCCCUCGACCUGUUCUCAGGAAACCGACAGAGAAUGCACUUUGCCAUCAGACACCUUAUAGAAGAACCUCAGAACAACUUCAAAAUCUUCAAGGGCGGUCAGUGUAUUUACAGCAGUAAGGAGGGCAGUGAUGACUCAUUGGACUUGAACUCUCUGCUGCAUCAUCUCAGACCGUACUUCCUCUAUGGAAAUAAUCGAAUCAACAGUCACAUGACCAGCAAAGCUGUCCUCAAUGACUUUAUUCAGGUCCUGGUGAACGCCCUGCUGAGUGGAGGAGGAGGAGGAGGAGGAGGAGGAGAUGGAGGAGUGCUGACGGACAGACGAGGAGAGGGGCGGAGCUUCUGUGAAGCGAGUCUGUUCAACAGGGAGAGGAUUCGCCACGGCUCUCAGGGUUUACCCAGUGACAGUGUACUGUUCAGGAUUCUUCAGACUCAGAUGCUGGACACACAUGACAUUGAAGGACUUUACCCCCUGUACUGCCGUGUGGAGCAGUACCUGCAGGACUUCCCUAAGGAGAGAACUCAUCUUCAGAUAGACGGUCCAUACAACGAGGCCUUCCUGGAGAAGCUGCAGAAAUGUUCUGCUGAGGAUGACGGCUCUCUGGAGUAUGCCGUUUCCAAGGUCCAUCAGUACCGUGUCGCCAUGACUGCCAAGGACUGCUCCAUCAUGAUCACCCUGGUGCCCAGCAGUGAGGAGGAGGGGGAGGAUGAAGGUCAGAGGCGGCUCAGGGACUUCCUGUCCUCCAGACCUCCUGCUUUCUCUUACUCCGCCUCCAUCUUGGAUCUGGACCCGAAGCCGUUCGACAGCAUCCCCUGCCAACUGCGCCUGGACCAGAAGAUCGUCUCCUGCUACCUGAGGACUGCCAGUGCCUUGCCAAAGGGCUCUCUGCCGCCGCUCCCCGGCAUCUUCACAGCUGCAGAGAGAGAGGACUGCACGCUGCUUUUUCGCCCUGUGUGAACACCCUGAAGACUAACUGACGCCACACGUGAUGCCUCCAACAGAGGAGAGACGCCAUGUUGAUGCAGAUGUCUAGAAUCACCUAACAGUAGGACUGUCUGUCCAAGACUUUGUCAAGACUUAACUGCAGCACUUUCUCUCCAUUCAGUUCACGUUAUCAGCCGUGGCUGCUAACUCAAAAAAUCUCCAGGAAGUGACCACUAAAUCACCAGACGUUUGA